AUGGAUGAAUUAGAACCUUUAUCAAUUUGUGCAGAGCAUUUAUGUUACCGUUACCCAAAUACAAAAGUUGGUCUCUUUGACAUCAACUUGAAAUUAAAGAGAGGAUCAAGACUUCUUUUAGUGGGACCAAACGGAGCGGGAAAGUCUACCUUGCUUAAAAUUUUGGCUGGCCAACGAUUGAUUAAAGAUGGAAAAGUUCUAUUAAAUGGACGUGACCCUUUUGAUAUGAGAAAUAGAGGCAACCAGAUAGUUACUUACUUGGGGACCGAGUGGGCCAAUAACGAAAUUACACAACGUGAUAUUCCCGUGACAGUUUUGGUAGAGUCCAUUGGUGGAAGUUAUUACAAGGAAAGAAGGGAUAUGUUAAUUAAUCUUUUGGACAUUGAUAUUACUUGGAGGAUGAAUCAGUGCUCCGACGGUGAGAGAAGGAGGGUUCAGUUAUGCAUGGGCUUAUUAAAGCCUUGGGAUUUACUUCUUUUGGAUGAGGUUACCGUUGAUUUAGACGUACUAGUUAGGUACCGUUUGCUAGAGUUUUUAAAGAAGGAAACAGAGACCAGAAAUUGCACUAUUGUGUACGCAACUCAUAUUUUUGAUGGCCUAGGAGAGUGGCCCACGGAAAUUAUUCAUUUGAACUGCGGUAUAAUUGUGAGGCGAUAUAAUCCGGAAAACAUAAACUUUUUAAAUAAAUCCGAGAAACCGGUUGAUGAGGAGGAGAUUGAUGCUGAUGAAGUGGAGGAGCGUAAUCAAAUAAAAAUGAAAGUGGAUAUAGAAAAAAUAAGGAGUUUCUAUCCGUUAGCAUUACACUGGUUAAAAGAAGACCUUAAGGUGAGGGGUGAGAGAACUGAAGAUAAAUCAAAGCCAAACUUCGACAAUUUAACUAAAAAGCUGAUUUCGUUCUAUUAUGACGACAAAGAUCGCCUGGACAAAUAUUUCAGAGAGACGCAACAAUAA